AUGAGCCUGGCCGAAGGUUCAAGGAUGAAGCCAAAGCCACCUCUUGUUCCGCUUGGGACUCUGAUUGGUCGCGAGCUCAGGAAUGAGGAGGUGGAGAAACCUAUGGUGAAGUAUGGACAGGCUGCCCUGGCAAAGAAAGGGGAGGAUUAUUUUUUGAUCAAGCCUGAUUGCCAGAGGAUUCCAGGAAAUCCUUCAACUUCAUUUUUGGUUUUUGCGAUAUUUGAUGGGCAUAAUGGUAUAUCGGCUGCUAUAUUUGCAAAAGAGAAUUUGUUGACCAAUGUCUUGAGUGCAAUUCCUCAAGGAAUUGGUAGGGAAGAUUGGCUUCAAGCCCUUCCGCGGGCAUUAGUUGCAGGAUUUGUUAAAACUGACAUAGAGUUUCAGCAAAAAGGAGAGACAUCUGGCACAACAGUUACAUUCGUUGUGAUUGAUGGUUGGACUGUGACUGUUGCAUCUGUUGGGGAUUCUCGAUGCAUACUGGACACACAAGGGGGUGUGGUUUCUCUGUUGACCGUUGAUCAUCGGCUGGAAGAGAAUGAAGAAGAGAGGCAACGUGUCACCGCCAGCGGAGGUGAAGUAGGGAGGCUCAAUGUUUUUGGGGGCAAUGAGGUUGGGCCACUACGUUGCUGGCCUGGUGGAUUAUGCCUUUCGAGGUCAAUAGGUGACACAGAUGUGGGGGAGUUUAUUGUCCCUAUACCUCACGUUAAGCAAGUAAAGCUUUCAAAUGCUGGUGGAAGACUCAUAAUUGCUUCUGAUGGUAUCUGGGAUGCUUUAUCAUCUGAUAUGGCUGCCCAAUCUUGCCGGGGUUUACCUGCAGAACUUGCUGCAAAGCUGGUUGUUAAGGAGGCUCUCAGGUCUAGAGGCCUGAAGGAUGAUACAACCUGCCUAGUUGUUGAUAUAAUUCCUUAUGCCCAUCCAGUUUUGCCUCCUACAACUAGAAACAAACAAAAUUUGCUCAGUUCACUUAUCUUUGGGAAGAAAUCUCAAAAUUUUAUGAACAAAACGACAAAUAAGCUUUCUGCUGUUGGGGUGGUGGAGGAGUUGUUUGAAGAGGGCUCUGCUAUGCUUGCAGAAAGGUAUGUGAUCAUAAGUUGCUUCUAA